AUCUAACGUCGAAUGUAAUCUCACUUAAUUUUUUGUUUUUUACGAUAAUUGUUACAAAAGUAUCGAAAAAUAGUCGUCAGAAAUUAUAGUUUACUAAAUUGCUGUUAGGUACAACAGAUAUUCACCAUCUCUGAAUCUCAGUACCAUACUUUUUCUUAAAAAAAAAUUCAAUUUUAAUGUGUUUGAACACAUUAAUACAUUUCCAUACUUGGCCUUCACUAAGAUUAGUUUUUGCACUUCUCUCUUUCUCUCGAUCGCUGCUUCUUCGUCGCUCAAUCUCAAGCUCCGUUCCGUUAGUUCUUCGUCGGAGAGACGGUAAGGUUUCCUUCCGAUUUCAUCAUUCUCGUUGAUCAUCUUCUUCUCUGGUUUUUGUUUUUGUUUCGAAACUAGGUUCCUCUUCCUCGAGUUUCCUGAUUUUUGUCUUUAGAAUCUGCUUUAGAAAUCGAAAUCGCUAGGGCUCGGGAAGAUCUAUGUGAUCUGAGUUUACUAUUGGCUACCGGAUCCCGAGGAGUCGCUCCUCGUAAACGUCGUCGUUUUAUUUCGCCCUUUUGUUUUAAUACUAUCAGGCCUGUGGUGGCGUAACUAGAUCACACUGGGGGACUAGGACGAUUUGGUUUUCCGGCUAGUCGAAAGCGCGUUGCCCAAAAAAUUGUGUCGGUCGGAUCGCUGAGAAAAAACGAGCGCAUUAAGGUAAAAUAUAGUCACGUUUGAGUCUUCGGGCGAGUUCGUAUCGUCAGAUUUGAGAACGCGUCGUCGACGAGUUAGUGCGGUGGUUUGUUUAUGGUGACGGAAGACGAGAAUCCGGACUCGAAAGAGUGUAACAGAGAAACUUUUCUGAUUGUUGACUGUUUGGUUAGAUUUCGUCAUGUUCCCAAUGGGAGAGCGGGUUUAUGAUUGUCCCAAAUAGAGGGUGGAGAGAAUCCUGCUGCAAGUGGUAGCUGUUUGAUACUUGAGUCAUUUUGUCACAGCAACAUGAAUAUGCCGCUGUUGGAUAUUCAACCACGAACGUUGCAGUUUGCAGUUGACCUGAAGAAGCAAACUUCCUGCGUGGUACAGCUAACCAAUACUACCCAUCAUUAUGUUGCAUUUAAGGUUAAAACCACAUCACCAAAGAAGUACUGUGUUCGUCCAAAUGUUGGUGUUGUUGCACCUAAAUCAACCUGUGAAUUCACUGUCAUUAUGCAAGCUUUUAAAGAACCACCUCCAGAUAUGGUUUGCAAAGACAAAUUCUUAAUCCAGAGUACUGCUGUAUCUGCGGAAACAACUGAUGAAGACAUCACAGCUAGCAUGUUUUCGAAAGCCGAAGGCAAACACAUAGAGGAGAACAAACUCAGGGUCACGCUCGUACCGCCCUCUGACUCACCUGAACUAUCUCCAAUCAAUACACCGAAGCAGGGAGCAGUAUUUGAAGAUUCCAUCCUCAAGGAUCGUUUAUAUAGCCAGUCAGAGACCCUAGCUCCGCCACAAUAUGAGGGUGAGAUUGUAAAAGAGCCUAGGAUGGUUGGACAUGAUGAGUUAAAGGCAGCCGACAAUGCAAAGGAGUUAAAGACACCAAAAAUGGCCACAGUGGAUUUUGUGGAAGAUCGAUAUACUGCUAAUGACUUGAAGGCAACUAAAGAUAGCUACGAUUCAUCGAGGAUGGCAAAAGAAACUGGAUUCGAUCCAAUUAGGUCUCAUAAGGAUGCGGAUGAUGGAAGGGCGAUUAAGGCAACAACUAAUUUGGACGCUCCCAUGAAGAAGGCCAUGGAUCUACCUAGGGAUCAAGGGUUUACUAAUGGAAUAGCUGUUGACAGUGAACCAAAGAUAUCUAAGGAGAGAGAUGUUGUCCAGCUGCAGAAAACAGAUGGCCAGAAUGUCAGAGGAUUGGAUGAACUUAAGUUGGUUAAAGACAUUGAGGAGAUGAAGCUGAAAGUGGAUGCUCUUGAAUCCAAGUUAAAACAGGCUGAUUCAACCAUUUCGAAGCUAAUGGAGGAGCGAUCUAUAAGCUCCCAACAUAGACAAAGCUUGCAACAUGAGCUGGCGGAACUGAGAACGAAGAAGAUAGUGAAAGAAGUGCACAAUGGGUUCCCUCUGCUGUAUGUAUGCGUUGUGGCAUUCAUUGCCUAUGUUAUCGGGCACUUUCUGCGCACUUGACUGCUCGCUCGGUGUCUAUAUCAUAUCAAGUGUGCAGUAAGGGAUAUAUAGACAAAGAAGGUAAAAGGAUUAGAUUUCGUCUGUUUGGGUUUGCUUUGUGGGAGAGGAUGAAUGAUUUCUCCGACACAUUUAAGAUGGAAUAUGAUAGACUGUAUAGCAUUGGUGUUAGUUAACACAAGGACACAAGGACAUAUGGUAUGAUGAUAUGCUUUGUUUCUCUGCUUCUCUUACUAAUUUGAAGCUGUUGGAUUGAUUUGUCUCUUCUUACGUUCCCUUCUUUUUUUUUUCGUUUUCUUUUGUCGUAUAGACCAGGCAGGGGCUAGGGCCUAGUGAUGGGUAUUGGCCCAAUACUAUUGGGUUAUUUGCCUGGUUUAUUAUUUCGAUUUUAGGUUAAUUCAAUUUUAAGAAUACGUAGAUUUGUUUGGUUUAGUUUGGUUUGGUUGCACUAAGUUCGGU